AUGGCGGGCCAAGGUCACUCGUCUUUCUCGCCUCGCGGCGCGGUCUCAUCGGUUCCUCCCUCGCCACGAUCGCAAGAGGGGCGAGAGACCGGGGCGAAGCGCAAGCGGACGCGCAACUUGCGAUCCUGCGCAGAAUGUCGCCGGUCCAAGGUCAGGUGCGAUUGGCCAGACUCGGAACGGACGAGGUCCACAGUGGGCCACGUCAGCAGUGAUGGCGGAAAGACAAGUGGCGCAGACGGGCUACGAGAGGAGAGAUCGAACGGAGGUGCGCCAGGAGCAUGUCACAGGUGCAGGGUUCUAGGGAUCCAAUGCCUGGCCUGGGGUGGAGAGGAGCCGCCAAGGAAAGCGAGAAAGAGCGCCGAAACGCCAGUCAAGACAACGAGGAAACGCCGAUCGGUCAGCGCCGAUCGAGGCAACCCGGACCGAGACCGAGAAGCAGAGACGCGCAUGGAGCAUGAUUUGCAGCUCUUUGAUCCUCUGGCCCCACCGUCAAGAGCUCCGCAUCUCUCUUCUCCUUCCUUGUCGUCGACAAAGACAGGGACCCCAAACGAUGCAACAUCCGUAGCCGGCCCAUCCUCUGCGGCAUACAUGGAAGAAAUGACUGAGGCGAGGAGCGGCAAGCAAUGGCCAGAGGUGUCGAUUCUGAGCUGGAAGCCAACCCAAUUCAUGGCAAAGCUGUGCAAAAGGCAGAAGGGCUUCCUUCGCUCUCCUGAUAGCGACGGGGAAGAGGACGAGGCCGACUCGGAUCUGAAAAACAAGGCCGAGUCCAUCAGCGCCAGCGUUGAGCGGUGCUGCUCCAAGAGACAGCAUUGUGUCAGCCUGGGCAAGCGACUCGAUCUUUAUCGGUGCUUUCUACCUUUUCUCCCCCGCAUAGAGGAGAUAGACUCGCCGUCGGAUGACGUCUUGGUAGCAGUCAGCGUCUAUCUUGCUCUCGAUGCCUCGUCCACACGCGUGGAGAAAUCCCGGCAAAGGCUGGGCGCAGGGAUCCGGCGGUGCAUCGUUGACAUCAUGAUUCGGGGAGCUAGGACGUUCGAGGAGGUCGCCGCCCUCGUUGCGCUAGCCAUCUUCGAUCCUGUAUUGGUCUCGAAACCUUCUGCAACCGACCCCAACCACUCGCUUGCAGUUGCACUUUCAGGUUCAGCUCUCCUCGCGGCCGCUGGCACCGCGGCAUGUGCCCUCGACAUGGACUCUGCGCCAAAGCAAUUGAAGCAAGACCUGUCGGGAGAAGAGCAGGCAUCCAUCAUAAUGAAUGCAGCGCUGUGGAUCGUCAUUGUCUCGACGUCGGCCCUCCUCACCUUGGCCGACGAUCCAUUGCGCCAACACCUGUUCCGAUGCGCAGAAGCAGACCUCGUAGACUUCGAGGAGCACUGCACCACAUCGACGUCUGGGCAACAUGCAGUGCUCCGAAUCGCAGCACUGCGGUGCCGCGCGCACAUGGUCAUCACACAAGCAACGCACUCGAGCCUCGUAAUUGUCGAUGCGGCUCAACGGGCUCGUCGGCCCCUCGCCGAGAUGCAGCGUCUAUUUCAGAAGGCCGACGAUGAGCUUUGGGCCCUGCUUGCAUCGUUCCUCGGUCAGAUGCGACAGCUUGCCAUUACACUCGCCCAGCGCCAAUGCCGUCAGCAGGAAGACCCUGACACCAAUCUUGGCUCGAAUUUCGUAGACCUGGCGAUGCAGACGCUCGAGCUAGAGCUGCACACAGCAGUGCUCCUGGCCGAAACGCACCUCAUGCGAUUCGUGACACAUCAUAUGAAGCACAGGAUCGAGGGGUCAAAGAGCGCAGUCGACUUCGUAAACAGCCUGCGCGAAGACGACGAGGUGUUCCAUCUCGUCAUCUGCAUUGGAGGCAAGCGUUCCAAGAUGUGCAGAAAGGCCGGUAUUCUCCUCGUCAACCUCGUCAAGAGCGCUCCAGCCUACUCUCGAGAUUCGGGUCUUUCCGCUUUCGACGGUGGAGGCAUCGACGAUGACGAAGAAGAAGAGGGCAUGGCAACCCUCGUGCUUCCUCCGAGCCAAACGUGUGUGAUGAGCAAUUUGGUUGUCAAGGGUCUGGCUGAGUUUGUUGCUGGGAGGAUGGGAACCGGCCACAUGCCGACCGACGAUGCCCGCCUUGACGAUCCGUUUGCAGAAGCCGACCUGCUGCUCGUCAGAAGCCUUGGCGAAGCUCUCUCGACGCUUGACAGUCAAGAGAGCAAAGGUAGUUGGAGGAGCCAACGCAAGACACCAACGUCGCGGAACGCACGGCAAAGGUGA